ACACGUCGUUGUAGAGAAAAGUUGCAACUUGUUACGAAAACAUCCAUCCCUUUCACCGGCUUUUCGGGCCCUUUCUCGACAUUUCUAGCGUCGCUAUCGUGGACACAACAAGUACAAAGUCUUCUCCCGACAAAGAGAGUUUAUUCCACGAGAUGGCAGUCCGCGCACAGUUCGAGAAUAGCAACGAAAUCGGAGUUUUCGCCAAGUUGACGAACGCGUACUGCUUGGUUUGUAUCGGAGGUUCCGAGAACUUCUACUCGGUGUUUGAAGCCGAGCUGUCCGACGUUAUCCCCGUGGUACACACCACCAUAGCCGGGUGCAGAAUAAUCGGUCGCAUGACGGUGGGAAACAGGAACGGUCUGUUGGUGCCGGCCACGACAAACGAUCAGGAACUACAGCAUAUCAGGAACUCCUUACCAGACAGUGUGAGGAUCCAGAGAGUAGAGGAGAGACUGUCAGCUCUGGGGAACGUCAUCACAUGUAACGAUUAUGUGGCUCUGGUGCACCCUGAUCUAGACAGGGAGACAGAGGAGAUCCUUGCAGACGUGCUGAAGGUGGAAGUUUUCCGCCAAACGGUUUCCGACAACGUCCUGGUCGGCAGCUAUGCUGCGCUCAGUAACCAGGGGGGGCUGGUGCACCCCAAAACCACCAUAGAGGACCAGGAUGAACUGUCGUCACUAUUACAGGUACCGUUGGUAGCGGGUACCGUGAACCGAGGCAGCGACGUGGUCGGCGCGGGAAUGGUGGUGAACGACUGGAUCGCCUUCGCGGGAAUGGACACCACCAGCACGGAGCUGUCCGUGAUCGAGAGCGUGUUCAAACUGGGCGACGCUCCGCAGGGCGCCGUUACCACAGCGAUGCGGGACUCACUGAUUGACAGCAUGACAUAAACAUGGUCCAAUGUCUGUACAAUGUCCUGUUAUUUGUAAAGCCCUGUAUACCGGGGUGCCUAUUAUAAGCCUUUGCACGAACCUUGUACCAUGAAAAUUGUACCAUUUUAUGUGAUACGCACAAAUCAUGGUGCGAAAACAUACAAAUCUUAUGAAAAAGACACGAAUCACUAAUUUAAUAUGUCUGUAUUGCUAUGUGUGUCCAUUCAACUUUUUGAAAUAAAAAUAUCACGGGUAGAAACACUCAGAAAUACGCCUUCUCCCAACGAAGCGGUCGGCCGGUUUGCAUAAGGUUUGUGCAAAUCACAUAAGAUUCCUGCGUGUCACAUACAUGUAGUGAUUCGUGCAUAUCACAUUAGGUUUAUACGUUUUCAUAUAGUGAAUUGUGCAUAUUACAUAAGAUUCGUACGAUUUUCAUAAGGUUCAUGCAAAUGCCUAGCCACCGCCCUUGGUAUAAUGACAUGUAAAGUUGUAUGAAGGCAACAGAAAGUUGAUUUUACAGAUUACGUCCACUGUGUGGGCUGAUCUUUUCUUCUGUCGACAGGAAAACCGUAAUUCUUUCACAGAAUGGACAACAACAUGCAAUGAUAUCAAUAUAUGUUAUAUAUUUAGGGCUAUAUCUGACAAUACUGACCAUGGUAUUAAGAACCGUAAUUAACGUCGGCCCUAUGGAAUCGGCUAUGGCUAAUUCUAGUAUUAAAGAAGUUGCCACAAAUCCAGAAGUUUCUGUACGCCGUUUGCGCCCACUGAUAUUUGUACCUAUAACAUACUUCUUGUAGUGUAUUGCAAUUGGGUGCUCCUUUAUCCAGUACAGUCUCGUGCCUCUGCUUGUGGCCUCUAUAAAUUGUGGUAUCUUGGAAAAGUAUGUCACAAGUGUCAGCUGCAAGAGAGUGGAGCAUGUAUGAUGAUGUAUUAUGAUAUAGAAAAAACAUUAAAGAUUUUUUUCACAUCAUUGCAUCAAUCUCCACAUGACGUCAUGUA